CCAGUCUUUUUGUUGCAAAAUGGCGUCGAAGAGUGAUAAAAUAGCGUUGAUUACAGGAAUCACUGGACAGGAUGGUUCCUAUUUGGCAGAGUUCCUUAUCAACAAAGGCUAUCAGGUGCAUGGUAUAAUACGGCGGUCAAGUUCAUUCAACACUGGUAGAAUAGAGCAUCUAUAUACUGACCAGACAGCCCACAGUGGUGGUUCCAUGAAGCUACACUAUGGUGACCUGACAGACAGCACAUGUUUAGUGAAGAUAAUCAGUCAAGUCCGGCCCACAGAGCUAUACAAUCUAGGAGCACAGAGCCAUGUCAAGGUAUCAUUCGAGCUUGCUGAAUACACCGCCAAUGUAGAUGCCCUGGGAACGUUACGAUUGUUAGAUGCUAUUCGUACUUGUGGACUCACUGACCAGGUGAAGUUCUACCAGGCAUCCACCAGUGAAAUGUUCGGCAAGGUCCAAGAAAUCCCGCAGAAAGAGACCACGCCUUUCUACCCGCGAUCUCCAUACGGUGUGGCGAAGGUUUACGGCUACUGGAUUGUGGUGAACUACCGAGAGGCGUAUAACAUGUUUGCCUGUAACGGGAUCCUCUUUAACCAUGAAAGCCCAAGAAGAGGAGAGACAUUUGUGACACGCAAGAUCACACGAGCAGUGGCCAAGAUCAUCCUGGGGCAACAGAAGGUGGUAGAGCUGGGAAAUCUCGACGCCAAGAGAGAUUGGGGACAUGCUAAAGACUAUAUAGAGGCAAUGUGGCUGAUGUUGCAGCAGGAAAAGCCGGAGGAUUUUGUGAUCUCAAUGAAUGAAGCCCACAGUGUUCGAGAGUUUGUUCUUGCAGCGUUUAAAAAAGUCAACAUUGACAUUGUCUGGGAAGGAGAGGGAGUUUCUGAAGUUGGGAAGAACAAGGCCACGGGGGACGUCCUUGUAAAGGUCAACCCACGCUUUUACAGACCCACAGAAGUUGAAUUCCUCCAGGGUGACUGUACGAAGGCUAAGACUGUGCUAGGUUGGACUCCAAACUAUGACUUUGAUAAACUUGUUGGCGAGAUGGUGGAAUCUGAUCUUGACCUGAUGAGAAACCGACCAAUGGCUUAAACACUGUGAUAAUAUCUCUAUGAAUCUGAAAUGUGGGGGUUUAAAACAUAUAUACCGGUACUGUGCAUAGUAACCAUGCAGAUUGAAUUUCAUAUAAUAUAUUGAGGGUUAAUAUCAGUUUUUAUGUUCAACAAUGUGCAUUGUUUCCAUUCAAAUUGUAUUACAUAUAAUAUAUUGAGGGUUAUCUAUUUUACUGUUUAAUAUGUAUCUAUAUAUUUAUUUAAUUUUUAGCAUUCAGCCAUAUAAUAUGUUAUGUUUGAUCAAAUAUUGGAUGAUCAUCUUGUCAUUAUUAGUUCAUUAUUCUUGAAAUAUGAUUUCUGAUUUUUUUGUUAAAAUAUUUUUCUGGCAUUAAUGCUCAUUUCUUAACAUGAGAUACACAGGAGUGUGAUUUGUUCGCUGAUUUAGAUCAAGUCACUUAAAAAUAUAUUUUUUUCUUUUUAAAUGAUUAAAAAUAAUUUAAGUGGUUGCUUUAAGUUGUUUCUUUACUUAAAGUUAGUAUUAACACUCUACACGUCUGCUUCCAAUUUGAAGCCAGGAGAGCCCUCAAGAGAGCUUCUCAAAAGUCAGUCUUGCUUCUGCGGUAGCAGCAGUUUUGCACCCAUUAACAAACAUAGGGGACCUAAAGCGGGCCCAUAACACCCUUGCCGAAAAGGUUUUAGCCCUUCAGCUGUCACAUCCCUGUAUACAGCACAUUUUACGAUCAUUUUUUUAUUUCUGCCAAACUGGUUCAUGCUUGAUGUGUUGUAUGCCUUUAUGAUUUCAAGGUGCAUCUAGAUUUUUUACCAAAGAAUUAUUGAUUUUUUUUCUUUAUUUUUCAUUGUUAUAUACACUUAUAUAUACAUUGAUUUAAAUAAAAAUGGCUAUCAGUGCAUAUUUAUAAAGACAAUCAAACUGACUGUAUCAAUCCUAUCAUGAUAUUUAUUACAAUUAAUACUGUCAUAUGAAAACAAAUAAAUGUAUAAUUUAUAAAUGUAUAAACCAGUGGUCAAAAUCUGGUUUUUAUACAGCAGGGCUUGUUCAAAAAUGUAAUUCCAAGCAAUAGUAUAUGAAUUUUGGCUUGUUCUUCCAAAAGACUAAUAACUAAAGUUCUGUAUUAAAGUAAGAAUACUGUGGCAUCUGCCCCCCAAUUCCUCAAAAAUCAUUAAAGAUGCACUCUUACUCCCAAAUUAGAUUUACCAAAAUUAAUACAAUUGUUUAAAUAUACCCAAAAGAUAAAUAAAUGCCAAUAAGCAUGGUUCUUAUGAAGGAUUCUGAGUUUAAUUUCAAAAGAAAGGUGCAGAAAUCAUGGUAUUUCUACCUUAUAAGACAAUAGUAGAUCACAGUAAAUCUUUACCACUCUCCAAUCAUUGAGUAUUUUUGCAUUUUCAUCUAUAAAAUAUACAGUUAGAAUCUUGUUAUUAGUCAUUAAUAUUUCCCAUAAAUGCAAUAUUGAGUAAGUAGUUAAAGGUUAUGCUCAAAAUGUUAUUUUUGUCAUACAUGUGUAUGUAUUAAUUUUGAAUAAGAGUGUCCAUUGAGGCAUUACAGGAGUAAGCAAUUUGUUUCACUCCAUUUAGCCAAAUAACUUACUCAUACUUGAUUAACAUAACAGAAUAAUUUAUGGUGAUUAUCUUUAAAAUAAUUUCCUUUAAAAGUCUUACACAUCUUAAAAAUGAUGAUGUUAAACAUCUUAUACCAAAACAAAAAUUCUGAGAUUAGCUUGAUCCUUUCUUAACAGACUAAAUCGGGUUCGUGAAAUCGGGGCCUGGUUGUUCCCAUUUUUCAGAUCUAAAGAAUCAUCGUUUGUGUUAUAUACAUUCCAGUUUUAUUGUGGCUUUUGUUUUUGUGUUUGAUUUUCUGUUUAUGUUAUAGUCAUUAAGUAGAUUAAGUAAGGCAUCUGAUUCUUUCCGUUUUAAGUUUCAUUGCAAUAUAGUUCUUCUAUGAUCACGAGUGAAAGUUUGAUCUGUAAAUGUAACUGGAAAACCAUUUGUAAACCAAUCUUCCAAGAUAAGUUGAACGCACUUCCCUGAAAAAUGUAAAAUUUGAACGAUACCAUGUACAUGUAUUAAUCAUUUUGUCAGCAAAACUGUAGUAACUCAUUCUGUUAAUAUUAGUAGUUACUUCUUUCUUGCAAGCUACCAUUGAUAUACAUUUGAUUUUGACAAUAGUAUUAGCGGGUGAACAUUUACAUUUACAUAUAUUUAUGUUAUAACUUAAUUCAGUAUUUAAAAAAUCUUUCUUUGAUUACAUUUAUUUGUUGAAGAAAUUGCAUUUCAGUUAGGAAACUCUGUCAUUUCUAUCAUUAUUAAACAGUGCGCUCAUAACAAUUUUUCUUCAUAAUAUGUGGAAACUUUGAAGUCAUUACAUGACAAUUAUUGUAAUGAUAUUGUUCUUGUGUAGCUCAUAACCAUAUACAUUGUUAAUUUCUGCUUUUACAUCUUGAUUACUUUAUAAUACAGCUCAAUGAUAAAUGAGAUGAUAAUAAUACUUGAAUGUAAUAUCUCUGAUUUUUUUAUUUGUUUAUAUACAAUCUGUUUUGAAGGAAAAUUAUCUAACAAUUAAAAACUGCUUUGAUAAAGUCUGGAUUGAAUUGGAAAUAAUCCAAAUUUUACAUUGACAUAUAUACUGUCUAAAAUUGAAUAUGAAAUAUUCCCUGUUCAGGGUUCCCCCUUUUUCAUUUGAUUGUGUCCAGGGACCAAUAUAGUGUUUGAAAAAAACACAAAAGGUUUUUUGUUUCUUUUAUUACCAUUGAAAAUGCUGUUUAUCAAAGUUGAAAAAUAACAUACUUCAUUCAUUUUAUGCAUUUACUCUUUCAGGCAUUUUAAUGUCAUUGUUUCAAUUUCAGUGUCUCCAUUGAUCAUGAAUAACAUUUUUCUAAACACUUAUUUUCUGAUAUUUUUUUCAUGUGAUCAUUUUUCCAUUCCCAUCUUACACACAUGAUAUUGGGACAAACAUUGUAUUGUUCUUACUUUUCCUAAAUGUAGUACUGGAAGGACUAUGUUUUAAGUAUAUCAUUAAUAACCAUGAAAUCCUGAUAUGUUUUAUUUUAACUGAUUAAUUGACAAAACUGUCCCAUUUGAUGCCAUGUAAAUUGAAUCAGACUGCAAUUUUUAUCUAUAUGUAGAAUAGUUUUUUAAGUAAUGUUUUUGCUAAGCUUGUCUGUUUUGUCUGGUCAAAAAGCCUUGGUCAUAAAACAAAAAUAUCAUGUUAUGAAGACCUGUUCACAUAUUACCAGUCAUAAUAUUUUACUCAAAUGUGUUCUAAGGUCUUUAAUUCUGGCUUAAAUUUUGUUUGAGUUAUGUGCCUUUUUGACUGAAAACAGACAAAUGUUGAAAUCGGCUUGCAAGCAUUGAGCAUGGAAUUCCUCUGGUGAGAGUUAGGUGUUGACAAGCGCUUGCAAGCAUUAAGCAUUGACAUCUGCUAGCAAACAUUUAGCAUUUACAACCACUUGAAAGCAUUUAGCAUUGACAACUGCUUGCAAGCAUUUAGCAUUGGCAACCGCUUGCAAGCAUUGAGCAUAAUUGGUAACCACUUGCAAGCUUUAAGCGUUUACAUCUCACACUUUGAUUCAUUCUUUAGGUAAAAUAAACUUUAAGUUGAUUGAUUUUCUUACUUUUGUUUUACCAGUAAUGGGAUACAAUUUUGUGUUGAUAUUUAUAUAUAGCAUAUAUGUGAUUAACAAAUUGUCUUAUUUAACAUAUGCUUUUUGUGUUUCUUUACGUCAUACAUACAAUCUCAUAUCUUGUGUUGCUUUUGCUUUUUUUGUCCUAAAAAGGGUUGUAUGUAUUAGUGAAUAGUGAUGCAGUAUUUUUGCUUACUUGGGACAUUAAAUCAUAUUCACCAGUAUUAAUAAAGAUCUUGGGAGAAUA